AUGCGAGGACUGCUGGUACUAAGUAAUCUGCCAGUAUUCAAGCAGUCAUGCACUCAGUCAGUUGAGCAUUCCAAUCAGUCAGUUGAGGAUCCGUAUCAGUCAGUUGAGCAUUCCAAUCAGUCAGUUGAGGAUCCGUAUCAGUCAGUUGAGCAUUCCAAUCAGUCAGUUGAGGAUCCGUAUCAGUCAGUUGAGCAUUCCAAUCAGUCAGUUGAGGAUCCGUAUCAGUCAGUUGAGCAUUCCGAUCAGUCAGUUGAGGAUCCGUAUCAGUCAGUUGAGCAUUCCAAUCAGUCAGUUGAGGAUCCGUAUCAGUCAGUUGAGCAUUCCAAUCAGUCAGUUGAGGAUCCGUAUCAGUCAGUUGAGCAUUCCAAUCAGUCAGUUGAGGAUCCGUAUCAGUCAGUUGAGCAUUCCGAUCAGUCAGUUGAGGAUCCGUAUCAGUCAGUUGAGCAUUCCAAUCAGUCAGUUGAGGAUCCGUAUCAGUCAGUUGAGCAUUCCGAUCAGUCAGUUGAGGAUCCGUAUCAGUCAGUUGAGCAUUCCGAUCAGUCAGUUGAGGAUCCGUAUCAGUCAGUUGAGCAUUCCGAUCAGUCAGUUGAGGAUCCGUAUCAGUCAGUUGAGCAUUCCGAUCAGUCAGUUGAGGAUCCGUAUCAGUCAGUUGAGCAUUCCAAUUAG